CCGGGGGGUUUUGGGGGUCUCGGGUCUGACGGGGGGGUCGGCCCGGGCCGGGGGGUCCCGUCCAACCGCGGUGCGUUUUGUCCCGGCAGCGAGAGGCUCCGCCAUGGCCGCCCCCGGCGAGCUCCGGUUUCAGGAGUUUGAGGAGGCGGCGGAGCUGCUGUCGGCCACCCCCAACGCCACGACCCCCCGUGCCGGCGAUGCCGCCGUGGACGUGGACCCCGAGGAGGGGAAGCCGGGGGAUGACACCGACACGACCGAGCUGCUGGCCGGGCAGAGGCGGCCACACGGCUUCUGGACCUUCGAGUACUACCAGGCCUUCUUCGACGUGGACACCCAGCAGGUGCUGGAGAGGAUCAAGGGCUCGGUGACGCCGCUGCCGGGGAAGAACUUUGUGCGUCACCACCUGCGCAACAACCCCGACCUGUACGGGCCCUUCUGGAUCUGCGCCACGCUGGCGCUCGCCCUGGCCAUCAGCGGGAACCUCUCCCACCUGACCGAGAAGCGAGCGGCCCCCGCCUACCGCUACAGCCCCCAGUUCCACAACGUCACCAUCGCUGCCACCCUCGUGUACUGCUACGCCUGGCUGGUGCCGCUGGGGCUGUGGGGGCUCCUGCGGUGGCGGCAGAGCCACGGCGCCGGCGCCUUCACCUUCCUCCAGACCGUCUGCGUCUACGGCUACUCCCUCUCUGCCUACGUCCCCACGGCGUGGCUGCUGCUGGCCCUGGCCGCGCUGCUCUCGGCCUCGGUGCUCGCCAUCACCUUCUGGCCGCUGCUCCGCGCCGACGGCCGCGCAACCGCGCUGGCCGGCGUGGCCGCCGUCGUGGCCCUGCACGCCCUCCUCGCCGUCGGCUGCAAGCUCUACUUUUUCCAGCAGCCGCCGAGCGCCGGCCCGGCCCCUUCGCCGCCGCACCCCGCGCCGGGGACCGAGGGGCUCCGCAGCCGCGCGCCGCAGCUCCCCGGCGCCAACGGCUCCCUGCCGAGCGCCCGCCCUGCGCGGUGAGGGGGCGGGGGAGCCCCCCCUGGCCGCGGCACCGAGCCCCUCGGGAGCCCCCAGCGCCGCUCGGUGCCGCCCUUCGGCCCCGCGGCGGGAGCUGGGGCGGGGCGGGGGGUCCCCGGCUCCCCGUGGGGCUCCCCCGUGCCGCGGCGGUGCCGGCGCCCCUCGGCCACCGGCUCGUCUCUCCGCAAACCGACCCGAAUAAACCGGGGGGAGGCGUCCCCA